UGUAUCCACCACAUGGCUACCAACACUGUUAGCUUGAAGCUUCUCGUUGACUCAACAAGCCAAAGAGUUCUAUUUGCAGAAUCUGGAAAAUAUUUUGUCGAUUUUAUGUUCAACAUUCUGUCGUUACCUGUUGGCACUGUCACAAGGCUUCUCACCAAAGAACAGAUGGUGGGUUCCCUUGGAAACCUUUAUGACAGCCUUGAGAAUAUGGAUGAUACCUACAUUCAGCCAACAGCAAACAAAGACACCCUUUUGAAGCCUAUAGUUCCAGAGAAUGCUGCAAAUGUGCCUCCCUUGUUGCCAACAGUCGAAUCGUCAAACUCAAAACCCACCGGAAUUUAUAGGUGUGUUAAUACUUAUCAUCGUAGCAGCUGCGGUCUCUAUGUGGCAAAUGAUUCUAAAUCCAUUUGCCCUUCCUGCAAUAAUGUUAUGAACCAAAUCGCAACAGUUGUUAAUCCAAAAAAGAAGGGUUCGCCUACUGAUGAGGGAGGUUAUGUGAAAGGGGUUAUUACAUACAUGAUCACGGAUGAUCUUGCUGUAAGGCCUAUGUCAGCCAUUUCUUGUAUCACUUUACUCAACAAGUUCAAUAUCAAGGAUGUAGGGGUUCUUGAAGAGAAAACCAUUGAUAUAGGUAUAGAUGAGGGUGUGAAGUUAUUGAAGGCAUCGUUGCAGUCCAGGACAGUGCUCACUGAUGCGUUCCUCGAGAAGAAGGCAGGCGAAAGUGAUGCUAGCAACUCUUCUGGAGUACAUUCAAUCGUGAUAUAGGACAUGCUAGUUGAUUUUCAGUUUGUAUGAGAAUCCUUUGAGCCUUCUAUGUAAUAAUGGUGUGGUUUUAACGAGUCUUAACCUAUCUUAGUACUGCAAUCUUUUAGCUCCCUGUUGGAGUGUGGAUAAUCAUAAACUUCCUCUAUAAGUUGUUUUAUUGUUUACUUAAUAAACGUAUGUAGCCCUCGUCAAGUCUGGUUCAAAAAUAUGACAGCUCAAAUCUAUGAGUACUGAUAGAUAAUCUUUUAA